GAUUGUUCUGUGAGCAGAUAAAAAGUACAUAUACAGUUCAUACAAUAAUCUUAUGUAUGUAAAACCCCGUUACGAUGUCGGCGACGGGGCCCAUCAGUAACUAUUACGUGGACUCGCUCAUCUCUCACGACAAUGAAGACCUCCUAGCGUCCAGGUUUCCGGCCACCGGGGCUCAUCCCGCCGCCGCCAGACCCAGCGGUUUGGUGCCGGACUGUAGCGAUUUUCCGUCCUGUAGCUUCGCGCCCAAGCCGGCAGUGUUCAGCACGUCGUGGGCGCCCGUGCCCUCGCAGUCGUCCGUGGUAUAUCACCCGUACGGCCCCCAGCCCCACCUCGGCGCCGACACGCGCUACAUGCGGACUUGGCUUGAGCCGCUGUCCGGCGCCGUCUCCUUCCCCAGCUUCCCGGCCGGGGGCCGUCACUACGCCCUCAAGCCGGACGCCUACCCCGGGCGCCGCGCGGACUGCGGCCCAGGCGAGGGCCGCAGCUACCCGGACUACAUGUACGGCUCGCCCGGGGAGCUGCGCGACCGCGCCCCGCAGACACUGCCCUCGCCCGAGGCGGACGCGCUCGCCGGCAGCAAGCACAAAGAGGAGAAGGCCGACCUGGACCCCAGCAACCCCGUGGCCAACUGGAUUCACGCCCGCUCCACGAGGAAGAAGCGCUGCCCCUACACCAAGUACCAGACGCUGGAACUGGAGAAGGAGUUUCUCUUCAAUAUGUAUUUAACCAGGGACCGUCGGUAUGAGGUGGCCCGGGUUCUCAAUCUCACCGAGCGGCAGGUCAAAAUCUGGUUUCAGAACCGAAGGAUGAAGAUGAAAAAGAUGAAUAAAGAGAAAACCGACAAGGAGCAGUCCUAAACCCUACCCAGCCUGCUGCCUCAGCACAGCCAAGGGAAAAACAAAAACCCCACAAAAUACCCCAACACAGGCGGGGGAGAGACGAAAAAGAAAAGGAAAGAGCAAGAUAGACAAAAGCCAAUCAGCUUAAAAAGAAAAAAAAGGAAGGGGAAAAGAAAACUCUUGCGAUUUGGGAGGGUUCAGUGUUGAGAUGUUGGUGUUUUAGAGUUAGUUCUACCCAGCGAGGAGGAGGCGGGGAGAGAAACUGCGUUCUCUUUCCCCAGCGCAACCGAAAUAAAUGACACAUACAAAUGUGA